AUGACAACUCUGGCUGGAGCUGUCCCCAGAAUGAUGCGACCAGCUCCGGGACAAAACUACCCUCGCAGCGGAUUCCCAUUAGAAGUGUCCACUCCUUUAGGACAGGGUAGAGUCAACCAGCUCGGUGGCGUUUUUAUCAAUGGCAGGCCACUACCCAACCACAUCCGUCACAAGAUAGUGGAGAUGGCCCACCAUGGCAUCCGGCCCUGUGUCAUCUCUCGACAGUUGCGGGUGUCCCACGGCUGCGUCUCCAAAAUCCUGUGCAGGUAUCAGGAGACCGGCUCCAUUCGACCGGGGGCCAUCGGGGGCAGUAAACCCAAGGUGACAACGCCUGACGUUGAGAAGAAAAUCGAGGAAUACAAAAGAGAGAAUCCUGGCAUGUUCAGCUGGGAAAUUCGAGAUAAGCUGCUCAAAGACGCGGUCUGUGACCGCAACACCGUUCCUUCAGUGAGUUCCAUCAGCCGCAUCCUGAGAAGUAAAUUUGGAAAAGGAGAGGAAGAAGAUGCAGAAAUUGAAAGGAAGGAAGUGGAAGAGAACGAAAAGAAGACCAAACACAGCAUUGAUGGAAUAUUGAGUGAAAGAG